AAUGGAUAAGGACAUUGAUGUAGAUAAGGUUAUUUAUAUCUCCAUCAUAGAUCUUAGAGAAAUUGUUAGAAACCAAAGGAGCUCGUAGUGGAAAACCAGUAAAUCUAACAGAAAGCGAAAUCAGAUCAUUGUGUGUUAGAAGUAGAGAGAUUUUCUUAACUCAACCAAUGUUACUAGAAUUGGAAGCACCCAUAAAAAUAUGUGGUAAAAUACUAUUCUUAUAUAAAGGUGAUAUUCAUGGACAAUAUACUGAUUUAUUGAGAUUAUUUGAAUAUGGGGGAUUUCCACCUGAGGCUAAUUAUUUAUUUCUUGGAGAUUAUGUCGAUAGGGGUAAACAAUCUUUAGAAACUAUCUGUCUACUACUUGCUUAUAAGAUUAAAUAUCCAGAGAAUUUCUUUCUACUUAGAGGUAAUCACGAAUGCUCUUAAAUUAAUCGUAUAUAUGGAUUCUAUGAUGAAUGCAAAAGAAGAUAUAAUAUUAAAUUAUGGAAAACUUUUACAGAUUGUUUCAAUUGUUUACCUGUAUGUGCAGUCAUUGACGAAAAGAUUAUUUGUAUGCAUGGAGGAUUAUCUCCUGAAUUAACAAAUUUAGAAUAAAUACAUAGGAUUAUGAGACCUAUUGAAGUACCAGAUACAGGGUUAUUAUGUGAUUUAUUAUGGUCUGAUCCUGAAAAAGAUGCUUAAGGAUGGCAAGGUAACUUAAAUAAUUUAUCUAUUUUAGAAAAUGAAAGAGGUGUUUCAUACAUUUUUGGAUAAGAUGUUAUUUCCAAUUUCUUGAAGAAAAAUGAUUUAGAUUUAGUUUGUAGAGCUCAUUAAGUUGUUGAAGAAGGUUAUGAAUUCUUUGCUAAGAGACAAUUAGUUACUAUCUUCUCAGCACCCAAUUAUUGUGGAGAAUUUGAUAAUUCAGGUUUUAUAUUAUUUAAUGAUUUAAGGAGCACUUAUGAGUGUAGAUGAAACUUUGAUGUGUUCAUUUCAAAUACUAAAAUCAUAAGAUAAAAAGAAUGUCCCAUAAGCUAGACCAAGAACACCUAAAUAUGUUAAUUGA